AUGAGUUCGAGGAAAGCCCCGGGAUUAGAUGGAAUUACGGCCCAAAUACUGAGGAAAGCAUGGCCGAUAAUAGGACACGAAAUCACUAGACUUUUCGAAAGAUGCAUUAUAGAGGCCACCUUCCCAGUGUCCUGGAAGGAAGCCGAAUUGGUAAUCAUUCCAAAGCCCGGCAAGGAGGACCUAGCAAGUCCCAAGCCUUUCAGGCCCAUAAGCCUGCUGCCAGUACUAGGAAAAGCACUGGAGACGCUUAUCAUCCAGGACCUGGCUGAGGAAACAGACCUGGAUGCACACAGACAACAACACGGGUUUGUGUCUGGAAGGUCCACCACAACUGCAAUCAGCGAAUUAUACGAAUGGACAAAUGAAAAUAGAUGCAGGCAUGUCCUGGGAACCUUCCUGGACAUCACCGGGGCGUUUGACAACGUGAGGUGGUCCCCGGUAUUAUCAAGGUUGCAGAAAAAAGGUUCAACACUGAGAACUUUAAGGAUAGUGCAGAGCUAUCUGCAGGAAAGGACAGUGAACCUCAACCUUGAAGGACGAACAUACAGAAGAUAUCUUGAGAGAGGGUGUCCUCAAGGAUCUCAACUAGGACCUACCCUAUGGAGAGUGGCGAUGACAGCUGUAGGUGACAUUGCACUUGAAAGCACUGCGAAGGUAAUAAUAUACUCGGAUGACAUAGCUGUUUUGGUAGGGGCAGCAAGACCCCCAACAGCCCUAACAAGAAUAGAAGAGUAUCUGGACGGCCUGCUGGAUUGGGCAAGGACCAAUGGCCUACAGUUCUCCCCAGGAAAAUCACAGCUGAUGUCAAUAAAAGGCGGACUGAAGCCGAACUACUCCGUGGGUUUCGGAUCACAACCAGACUCGGCGAGAAUAACGGCCAGUGAAAAUGUGAAAUACCUUGGCGUAACUCUGGACCCAAGGCAAAGUUACUUGGACCACGUGUUAUCAUUGAAAGAAAAGAACAAAGAUAUGUUCAUGCGACUAAGGCGCAUGACCUCCGCAAACUGGGGCAUGGGUCGAAACGCCGCAAGGACCGUAUACGCAGCCGUCUUCCUGCCACGCAUCACAUAUGCGGCGGAGAUAUGGUGGAAAGCUUGUAAUCUCAAGAAAAGUAUAAAACUAUUGGGCAGUAUGCAGCGAGACCCACUACUAGCCAUAACUAGCUGUUAUCGGACAGCGUCCACGAAUUGCCUGUCGGCAGUGGCAGGAGUCCUACCUCUUGAUUUAGAGAUACAGAACACCGUGCUCCGAGGAAAGCUCCGUAAGAUGGAAAUUACCCAGGACGUAUACGAAACCGAACUCGUUAGAAUACUGAACACGUGGCAAGAUAGAUACGAACAGUCCGAUAAGGGAGAAUGGACGAAAAAGAUGGUCCCUGACGUAGGAAGACGAUACGUGCUCCCGUUGUGCCUGGACCAUUACACGUCACAAAUGCUAACAGGACAUGGUGACUUCCUGGCACAAUUACACAGAUUCAAAUUAGUAAACAGCCCGAACUGCAAGUGCACCAUCGGUGGAGCCGAAACAGUGGCGCAUGUGCUACUGAGAUGUAAGAGAACCGAGAAGCAAAGAGCCAAGCUGAUAAAGACCCUCAACGAAGAAGGAGAAGGAUGGCCGCCUAGGGACGGGGCCUUCCUAAAGACCCAGAGGACAUAUGAAGCGCUACGCAAAUUUGCGAAUGACAGUCUAAGAAAUAGAGAGGACCGAUAA